CCUUGCACCAUUUUCUAGUGUGCUCGUGUGCCUUCAAAUUUUUAUUACACAUUCUCUUUCUCUCUCUCUGUCUCUGACUCUUUGUAGCUGCCUGCUGCCAUGGCAUCAGCUGGGACUGGCUCGCCCUGCGGUGCAUGCAAGUUUCUGAGGAGAAAGUGCGCUUCAGAUUGCAUCUUUGCGCCUUACUUUUGCUCGGAGCAAGGCCCUGCAAGAUUUGCAGCCAUCCACAAGGUUUUUGGUGCGAGUAAUGUGUCUAAGCUUUUGUUGCACGUCCCAGUUCAUGACAGGUGCGAAGCUGUUGUCACAAUUGCCUAUGAAGCUCAAGCACGAAUUAGAGACCCCGUUUAUGGAUGUGUAGCUCACAUUUUCGCCUUGCAACAACAGGUGGCGUGCUUGCAAGCACAAUUGAUGCAAGUGAAGGCACAGAUGGCUCAAAGCCUGGUUGAGUCGAGGAGCAUAGAGAAUCAGUGGGGAGGGAGUGUUGGUGGGGUGGCAACGGGACCAACGAGUUUUCCAAGUUACAUGAAUCCCAUUUCGCCUCAGAGCUCGCUUGAGUCGAUUGACCACAGCAAUGAUGGGAUGAACAUGCAGGAAAUACAGAGCUGCAGAGAGAAUUGCUCGUUCCAGCCUUGUUGUAAGAAAAGAGUAGCGUAUAACAAUGAGUUGGGUGAGCUUCAAGCACUUGCCCUUCGAAUGAUGAGGAACUAAUUAAAUUCCUCAUGUAUGUCAUGAUGUUGAUUUUCAUGAUGAUGAUGAUGAUCUUAUGCCCAUUGCUGUAUAUACUGUGAGACUAUCUAAGAAACUUGGUAUGUCUGAAAGAGCCUAAAUAGGCACUCUUUUUUAGUUCUUUUGUUCUUUCUCAAUUUCAACAUGGAAAUGAGCUCUCUCUCUC